GUUCCAAACAAUUGGGACCUGGGAUCCUCUAGAAGCCAGGUCGUGCUGCGACUGCGCUAAUCUCUUGAGAAUAAGCCUGCGCCUUUGGGCCUUUAAGCAUGCCUCACACUCCGGAAUCUUACCCUCACCCUGCGUUAAGUGAAGAAGACAUACACUUGGGGAAUCUGCGGGCUUCUAAGAACCUGCAGCAUAAAACCCCAACUCACCUUGCUCAGCAGCAGGAACCCUGGAAUCGGCUCAGCUCAACUCCCACAGUUAACUCCAUGAGACGAGAUGCCUACUUUUUUGAUCAUAAGAUACCAAAGGAUGACCUGGAUUUCCGCUUAACAGCCUUGUAUGACCACCACACAGAGGCCUUCAAGAACAAAACUGAGAUACUGUUACACCAGGAGACCAUUCAGGAUAUCCAAGGAAGCAAGAUCCAGUUUCCUGGAGAAUAUUUACACUGUCCUCCGGCCCCCGUCACUUCCCAGGCUAACAUCAGAUACUGGAUCAACCCUAAGAAAGAAUCCAUCUACAGCAUCCAGGGAUCCAUAGUGUCUCCUCACACUGCAGCCACCAAUGGAGGUUACUCCCGAAAAAAUGAUGGUGGCUUCUUCUCCACCUAGUGGUGACAACAUGGCUAAUUUCACCUUGGUGGAACAUCCAGUCGUCCUUCUUCAUUAAAUAGGUUUGUUCAAGACAAA